CAAACUGCAUAGGUGUGACCAUUUGGAAACUCGGGCAAUGCCUGAGGGCCCGGGGUCAGAAGGGGGCCCCAUGAGAUGCCCCUGGUACCUUUUUUUUUUUCAUAGGCUUUUUUGAGUUUGGGCAAGGACACAGGGGCCCCAUGAUCCCCUAUUGCCCGGGGGCCCCAUGAGUUGUCAGUCCGCCCCUGGUGGUAAUUCUGGCAGAAAAGGGGGCGUUAGGUGGUUGCCCCAGUUCCCAUAUAUGGGUCCCAGCUGUGAGUAUGUCUGCCACAUG